ACUUUGAUCUUACUUAUCGCUAAAAUGACAUGUAUCAUUUCUCAAAACUACUGCUCUCAAAGAGUUUAUAAAGCUAUUAAAAAAGGAGGGUCGACUUUACGCCCAGACGAAACCAAAUCAAAUCAUACCGUCAACUCAGAGUUUGUCAAGAUAGAAUGUCUCGAGCUCUGCCAAAAGGAACCAAAAUGUGUUGGAUUCAACUACAGAGACAAGAUGAAUGUUGUGAACUGCCAACUGGCCAACCUCACUGGCAAGACAAAUCACACCGCAAUGAAGGGAGAAGGAGAAUGGAUAUUAAUGAACGAUGAUAAAGCUACCAGCUGCGCCUAUCUUUACAACGAAGGAAUAAGACAAGAUGGUAUUUACACUAUCAAUCCUGACGGCCAGGGAUCGUUUCAAGUCAGAUGUGAUAUGAGCAUCGACGGGGGAGGCUGGACCGUGUUUCAAAGACGAGAAGAUGGAAGUCAAGAUUUCUACCUUGGAUGGUCAGACUAUAAAGCAGGCUUUGGUAAUUUGAGCGGCGAGUUCUGGUUGGGCCUUGAUAAAAUACAUCGUUUGACGAAAUCUGGCCAAAACGUUCUAAGAGUUGAUUUGAUGGAUUUCAAUGGCGCUAAACGUUACGCUAAAUAUGAAAUGUUUAGUGUGGCUGAUGAAUCAGACAAAUACAGAUUGAAUAUUGCCAGUUAUUCAGGAAACGCAAAUGAUUCCCUUGCUUGGCACAAUGGAAUUCAGUUCACUACCAAGGAUAGCGACAAUGAUGUUCAACUACGGAAUUCUUCUUCGAUAUUCCAAGGUGCUUGGUGGUACAAUAAAGGUCAUACAUCCAACCUCAAUGGCCUGUACCGGGGUGCAGAUGAGACACAUAACAAUGGGAUAAAAUGGAGCAAAUGGCAUCGUUAUUCAAUGAAAAUGACGGAGAUGAAAAUUCGUCCAAGUCAGUUUUAAUGUAUUCCUGCACCACCAUUACGAACAAACAUUACCUUGUUUUCGAUGCUUUCAAGCACGUUAUAUA